GAGAUUCAUGUGGUUCGCCCGCGACUAUUAACCACACGACACCGAGUUCGACGCGCUCUCCUCGUCCGGAUGUGCUAAUAAUAAUAACGCAAUAAUAAUAAUAAUAAUAAUAAUAGUAAUAAUAAUAUUAAAAAAAAAAAAAAAUCGUGAUAUAAUAUUUAAAUGAUAAUAUUGUAAUCGAUUCACACGAACCGUUUCAUUCGUUGUAUAUUGUAGACCGUAUAUAAUAUGGUGUGAUUACAGUAAUAAUUAUUACAAUAUUAUUAACAUAAUAUUAUAAUAUUAUUUGUAUUGCCGUUCGUCGUGCACGCGUAUAAUAGUCGCAUCGCGAAAAAACUAUAAUACUUUUUUAUAUUUUUUUUUCGUGUUUUUAUUUUUAUUUUUAAUUGAUUUUUACUUUUUUAUUUCGUUCGAUUACUUAUUGAAAUUUCGUUUUAUUCGUUUUUGUUUCGCGCCGAUCAAUUUUUGCUCCGGAACCCGAAUAUAUUGCCGCACGGUUAAAUAUUUACCUACGUUUAUUCCGUCUGGAAUUUGGUUUUUUGUUUCGUUUCGUUAACUAAUCAUUCAUUGCGUGAUUUCAUUAUAUUUUCAUACAUCAGUGAAGUGCGUUUCUUGUGAAAGAUAAUUAAAAAAAAUUGUUUUAAUUUUUUUUUUCUCAAUUUAUUUUAUUUUUAAAUAUUAUUAUUAUUUUAUAUGUUUGACGAUUUUUGCCCGUCGUUUAAAGUCCUAGGAUCGCCUAGGACCUCGUAAAAAAUUUUAGUGCAAAACAUGGAAGCUACUUAUUGCAUUGGAAACGACGUUGACGUAUGCCGAAUGUUCGAUCAAUAUUUAUACAAGGUAAACUAUGCACUGAUGUCGUGUCGAUAUAUCGAAUAAACAAAAGCGACCCUGUAUCCAGGACCGACAACUUGGACUUGUCUCUUUCGGUCGCCCACAACAUGCACAACAACAACAACAACAACAACAACCAUUACACAAGCAUGGCCGAACACACUUUUCACACGCCGAGUUUUGGGGAUGAAGGUUUCGACAUUCCAUCGAUGGGCAAUCAAGGAAACAAUUCGACUACCUCGCCGAGUUGUAACAACGUGUCAAGCCCAUCUAAUGGAUCGGCUGAUUCCAUAAUCACUUCGCACACGCAACCACAACCAUCGUCAUUGGCGUAUCAACAUAGCCAACAGAUGAUGAAUCACCAUCACCCACAGGACACAGGCAUGCAGGGAAUGAACUCGCACAACUCACACCAUUCGCAUCAAUCGGCUUACCAACAGCCAUUAUACUUGACCGGCCACGAACACGGCUUGGGACUGAACGUUAGUUCCAGUUACUCUCAACCAAGUUACACUCCGUUGAACAACACAAAUAACACAAACGGUGCACAAAAUGGCAUGAUGUACCACCGACACCACCAAGCGGCCAACCAACAACAGCAGCACCAUCAAGCGACUAAUCAACAACAGCAGCAACAGCAGCAGCAGCAGCAACAGCAACAGCAACAGCAACAACAACAGCAGCAGCAACAGCAACAACAACAGCAACAACAACAGCAACAGCAGCAGCAACAGCAACAACAACAACAACAGCAACAUCAUCAUCAACAGCAACAGCACCCACCCACCCACAUGCCACAACCCACCCAUCUACCCGCGCAUCAUUACACCAACAUGGGACCACCGGCCACUAGUCCACUGACCCCUUCACUGGACAUGCACCGACACUCCAAUCCCACGCCAACGCCGGAAGGUAUCAACACUACUAGCGACGACAGCGACGACAGCACACCGCAUCAAACUAUGCUUGCAAUCAAGAGGGAAAGGUUAUCUCCGGAACCAUUGGAUGGUUGCGGGAUUAUGAAAAUGCAACAAAAGAAGCCGAAACCGACCAAAAAGAAAAAGAAAAGGGAUCCCAACGAACCACAAAAACCAGUAUCUGCUUAUGCGCUUUUUUUCCGGGACACCCAAGCGGCAAUCAAAGGUAAAAAUCCUAAUGCUAGUUUCGGCGAAGUGUCCAAGAUCGUAGCGUCCAUGUGGGAUUCGUUAGACGCAGAUCACAAAAAUGUUUACAAGAAGAAAACAGAAGCCGCUAAAAAGGAUUACUUAAAGGCCCUGGCUGCAUACAGAGCGAGUCUCGUAUCGAAGGGAGGUGAACCGGACUCGAGCAUGUACGCUGGAGGGUAUGUGGGCAGUUACGGAGGCGUGUACAACGGAUAUUCACCGCCGGCAGGACUUCCAUCGCCACCCAUGUCCGUGCCGUCGCCGCACUCGCAAGUUCACGGUCAAGUUAAGAAGUCCGCUAUGAUGAUGGACAAUCGGGUCCCGGUGAUGAAUAGCCACCCGCAAAACCACAACCAAUCGCAACAGACAGCUGGUCUGAUUGGCAGCCACAACCAGGUCGCGCCCGGACUGAACCAUUUGUCGCAGCAUCCCCAGGGUGGACUUCCCCCAUCGCCGCAACAGUCACAGCCCCCGACGCCACCGGCUAAUGUUUCGUCAUACUGGCCGUGGUGUUUCAAUCCGACGCAAAACAGCCAUUAGCCGGUGUCUCGCCGACACCAGCUCAGUAGCAGUCGAUCGACGUGUGCAUACGAAACGAAUGCGGCAACGACGACGUAUGUCUCGCACCGGAUGCCGGAUGGGACAACGAAUAUAAUCGCAGUUACGAGUGUCGGCACCAACACUGAAAGAUUACGGUAAACGAUUGAUCUUAUAGGUGCUUAAGAGGCCAUAAACGAAACGCCCAAAGUCGAUUAUCCUCAUCGUCCUCUUCCGGAAAAUAAGAAGACCUGAAGACCGCUAUCUGUCCCAUGUACAUUAUACGAUUAUUAUUAUAUUAAUUAUAUUGUAUUAUAUUAUUAUUAUUAUUAUUAUUAUUAUUACUGAUAUUAUAAUUAUUAUUACGUAUGUAAAUCCAUGUGACUACGAGUAUCUCAUAUUAUAAUGCUUGUGAAUAUUUAUAUUUAUAAGAAAAAAUAAUAUGAUAAUUCAUAAUGUUAU